GUCGAGGACGCCUGCGACUACGAGGAGACCGGCAACCACCGCCUCUAUCGGCCCAUGUUCCGGGCUGCCAUCCAGCGGAACCUGCCCAUGAUCUGUGCCAAUCCAGAUCUCAGAGUGAUGCGACCAGGAGGUUGGAAAGCCUACCUUGGCGGCUCCCUCGCCGCGUAUUACGAACGCCUCGGUGGACAGGUGAUCUACUUUGGCAAGCCCUACACUUCUGCCUUUGAGGAGGCCCGGCGCCAGCUCUGCCACGCCGUCGCCGGCGGCGACGAGGCCAAAGCCCUUGAGCUGGAGUUGGACGAGGAGUUCCGGAUUUGCCAUGUCGGCGACUCGCUGCACCACGACGUGAAGGGCGCGAUCUCCGUCGGCUUCGAUGCGGCUUUCGUUGCAUUGACAGGCAUCCAUGCCGAGGACAUGGGUGGCGACGGCGCAGAGCUUUCCCAG